UUGUGACAGCUGAUUGAACGACGUCGCUCGCAAUACAAUCAAAAUAAACCAAUAAGAACUGAGUGAAUUGAGAUUUUUUUUUCGUUUGUUCAAUGAAGAUAAUCAGUUGUCGUCGGUAUGCACAAACGAUCUAAAUGAUUAAAACACCACGAAUAAUCAUGGUGUUAUUCAACGUCAAGAAAUAAAAUGCCGUAAUACGGAAACAAAACUACGCGGCCUGUUAUCGGCUCAGAGAAUAGGUUAUGUUAUGAUGUUAUUUUUUUUGUCUGCUACAGCUGUGUAUUUACUUGAAAUGACCUUAAUUUGUCUUUCAAAGUUAUCAUAUCAACACAACCGUGUCAGUCGUGUUCGAAGGUUCAAAUCGAACGAGAGAAACACUCGUUAUUUUAGUUAGUUACAUAAAAAGGCGCCGUUUUCGCUAGAUUAGCUUUUGUCUUGUAAUCUAAUUAGAAUAUCUCAUAGUUUUCCAAACGAAAACGCCAAUUAUUUUGUUGAAAUUCAUUCAAAAAUACUUGACAAAAAUGAGUUUGGUUGUGAAAACUGUGCCAACUAAGCCGUAUGAAGGUCAAAAGCCAGGCACUAGCGGCUUAAGAAAAAAGGUGAAAGUCUUCCAAGGUGAAAAUUAUACAGAAAAUUUCAUUCAAUGUAUCCUCGAUUCGAGUGACGGUGCUGUUGCUGGCUCAACAUUGGUUGCGGGUGGUGAUGGUCGUUACUUUUGUAAAAAGGCAGCCGAAAUUAUUGUGCGCAUCUGUGCGGCAAACGGUGUUUCGAAAUUGUUUGUCGGAAAAGAUGCCAUCCUCUCAACACCAGCUGUGUCAAGUCUGAUUCGCCGCAAUAAAGCCUAUGGCGGUAUUUUGUUGACGGCUUCACACAAUCCAGGUGGUCCAGAUAACGAUUUCGGUAUUAAAUUCAAUUGCGAAAAUGGUGGACCAGCACCGGAUCAUGUAACAAAUAAAAUCUAUAAACUAUCAACGGAAAUCGCACAGUACAAAAUUGUCGACGGUUUGAAUAUCGAUCUGGGUAAAGUUGGCGUUAAUCAAUACACCGUUAAUGGAGCGCCAUUCACAGUUGAAGUUAUUGAUUCGGUGGCCGAUUACGUGCGUCUCAUGAAAGAAAUCUUCGAUUUUGAACGCUUGAAUGCCUUUGUCAGCGGCAAGAAAACUGGCACACCAUUGAAACUUCGCAUCGAUUCAUUGAAUGGAGUUACUGGUCCUUAUGUCAACGAAAUCUUUCUGAAUGCCCUUGGAGCCACUCCAAACAGUGUUGUGCACACAACGCCAUUGGAAGACUUCGGUGGAUUGCAUCCAGAUCCGAAUCUCACAUACGCCAAAGAUCUCGUCGAUACAGUUAAGAGUGGUGACUAUGAUUUGGGCGCUGCUUUUGAUGGCGAUGGUGACCGUAAUAUGAUCAUUGGCCGCAAAGCCUUCUUUGUUACUCCAAGCGAUUCAUUGGCCGUCAUUGCUCACUACCUCGAAUGUAUUCCAUACUUCAAAAAGAACGGCAUUACUGGCUUCGCCAGAAGUAUGCCAACUGCAUCAGCUGUUGAUCUAGUCGCUGCCAAACAGAACAAAGAAUGCUUCGAAGUUCCAACCGGAUGGAAAUAUUUCGGAAAUUUGAUGGAUGCCGGACGCUUGUGCUUGUGCGGUGAAGAAAGUUUCGGAACUGGUUCGGAUCACAUCCGUGAGAAGGAUGGUAUCUGGGCAUGCCUCGCUUGGCUCUCAGUUAUGGAACACACCGGCAAAAGUGUUGAAGAUAUCUUGAAGCAACACUGGACAACUUAUGGCCGAAACUACUUCACCCGUUACGAUUAUGAAGAAUGCGCUCUUGAACCAUGUAACGAAAUGAUGACCACUCUGGAGAAGACCAUCACCGAUCCAGCAUUCAUUGGCAAGGAAUAUUCAUCGGGCGGCAAAACUUACAAAACUAAAAUCGCCGACAACUUCAGCUACACCGAUCCAGUUGACAAAUCCGUUUCCACCAAACAAGGCUUAAGAAUUGUCUUCGCAGAUGGUAGUCGUAUUGUUGUGCGACUUAGUGGAACAGGCAGCUCUGGUGCAACAGUUAGAUUGUAUAUCGAUUCUUAUGAAAAAGAGAAUGUGUUGGGAUCGGCCAGUGAAACACUCGAGCCGCUUAUUCAAAUUGCAUUGCAAAUAUCGCAGUUGCCCAAAUUCACCGGUAGAGACGCACCAACUGUCAUCACAUAAAUUCGUCAAAUACAACACAAACACACAAACAACACUCUCAGCCAAACAACGCGCACACAUAAACCACUGGAGCAGAGCUGCAUGCAAAUGACAAGUCUCAGCUUGUUGAAAUUUUUAUCAAAACAAACUUGACCAUUGAAUGGACACCAUUGUUAGAAACUUUUAUGUUGUAGUUUAAUAACGAAAGAUCCUGUUAAUAAAGUUUUAUUUUGUAUUUGUUGGUCGAAAAAA